GCGCCAGUCAGACGGAGAGCGCCGCGGCCGAGGAGAAGCAGGAAUUUGACCAGGUCGUCGCGUUCGCGAAGGAGAAGCAGCGGGAGGUCGAGAAAGUUUCAGCGGCGCUUUCCAGCACGCAGGCGGCGAAGAGCAAGGUGGAGCAGCAGCUCAAGCAGAUGGAGGAGAAGGAGUAUCGAGAGGGCUCAGCGGCUGCAGGC